AUGAGUUCUGACUGUGAUUUCGAUGACGAUGAUGAUGAGUUACUACUUGGGUUAGUGAAUGGACUGAGUAAGGGGCUGAGUAACACUGUUGUAACGACACAGAUGACAGACGUGUCAGUUGGGGAGAAAGAACUCAGGAACAGACUUUACAAGUCUGAUGGUGAAGUGGCAAUACUCAGAGCACAAUUGGAGCAAUUACAGAAGCAAAAACAAGAAGAGGUUGAGAACUUGAGGAUUGAAAAUAGAAGCCUAGCAAGAAAUCUGGAGGAACAAGUAGGCGGCCUAAGGCAUGCGAUGCAAGCUCUUGAAGACGAAAAGAAGUUUCUUACAAACGAGCUAAAAUUCAGAGCAGCCGUAAAGAGAAGGAAGAUUGAUGAUGGAGGUAAUAUGGCUGAAAGCGUAAACAGAGAUGGAGAGGUGAAUCAAGCAGGGCAAAAUGACAAUCAGCAACAGAGGGUCGUUAAAUUACCUAAUGAUUCCACAUCAUUCGUUGAUGAGCUCUGGCAUUUCACAAUAAUUGGCGCCCCGAGAUCAACAUUGACUUAUUUAAGUAAGAUAUGUGUUAACCAGGACAUCAAGGUGCAUGAUCUUGAAAUUAUGAAGCAAACUCCAAUCUCUAAUGCCAUCGUGAAUUUUUUAAUGAUGAAGAAGGAUCACAGAUUAGAUGCUUUAAUAGACAGUUUCUGUCGCCUCCUUGUUGAUUUGAUUGAACUUCUUCACACGAAAAAAUUAGUUUUAUCCAUUCCAUUCUUGGCAUCUUUGAUUUAUUUCUCGAUUAGCUUUAGACCAGCCGCCAUCACAAAGUCAUUAAUCGAAUUUCUUUUAUCUAAAAUCAGCAGUUUUGCCAGUCAAUUUCUCUUUUUACUAGAUUCUAAUCUGAAUCAGGAUGAUUUCGCAUAUUACCAUGACGUCCCUAAUCAAGUUAUGGUACUUGAGAAGUUUUUUUUGUUAAGUUGCAUGGAUAUUAUUGAGAAGCUAAUGUCUUUGGCGUCUUUUAAUGGUAUGACCUGGGGUGAGGAUAUAGCUACAUUACUUUUGAAGUGUCUACCAGAGAACAGUGAAAGGUUCAGAAAUGCUGCUCAAAUCAAUCUCGUUUCUAAUAUUGUUGAAAUGCUAACAUUUUCGAUCACUGAAGAUAAUUUUGCAUUCAAUGGAGCUCAGAUCAAGGACGAAACGAUUUUCAAUUCAUUAUUAAAGAUUUUAUUAAUUGAUUUACCUAUAAGGGAAGAUUUUAUGUUUUACGGUUUAAAUAGAAUGAUUGGGAAUAACAAGGAUUUGACAAAAGUUGACUCCAUAAUACCUAGGGAUAUGAAUUUACUCAAUAAACCAGUGAUCCUGAUACCCGAGCCUGCGCCAGCGUCUAGUAAGAGUUUUAGUUUUGAAGAAACGUCGAAACAUGAAUUUCACUUAUUGAAUCUUCGUAUUAAAGUGAUUCAAUUACUUUCUUCGUACAUUAUAAUGAAGCAGUCAACUACUCAAUUUGAGUCCAAGGAGUACAUGAAAUUAAUGAUAAGAACCAUUGGCUUUGAACAGAAUAAUAUCAUGAAAUCUCCUCGAGCGAAGCAUAUUCAUUUGCGCAUACAAAUAAUAUCUGAAUUGAUUAGAGUUUUGAAUCAUAUAGUUAGAAACGUUAAAACGGUAAAUAAUUUGAUUCAUCCAGAAACUAUAUAUGAGAUAUUUGUCGUUCUAUCGAGGAUAUCCUUUGGAUCUGACUCAUUGUCAUUGGAGGCUUUCAAACUAUUGGCAGAAGCGAGGAAAAUUAAUACAACUAUUGGAUUCUAUAACCCAUUUGUGGAGCAAAGAGCCAGAGCACUCAGUCACUUGUAUGGUAACGACGCUAAUUGUGAGCGCUUGGCCAAUAUAGAAGGUGAACUUGCCAACGGCUUGGAAUUCCCUUAUGAAUCAGAUAUAAUUGAGUUAUCUAGAGAGAUCUUAAACAAAUUUGUAAACCACGAGGAGGCAGAUAAUUUGUAUUUCAACAUGAAUGAAGAAACGAACUUUGAUGAAAUGGAGUUAGUUAGCUAA